AUGAAAAAUCUAACCGAUUCUUUCGUUUUUUUGAGCCUAUGGCCAUCCGCCGGGAGUUUCGGGUUUAAUAUUGAUAUUUUAUCAACAAAUCUAAUAAAUCUAAGUGUAGUGCUUGGUGUAUUAAUCUUUUUUGGAAAGGGAGUGUUAAGUGAUUUAUUAGACAAUCGAAAGCAGAGGAUUUUAAAUACUAUUCGAAAUUCAGAAGAACUCCGCGGAGGGGCCAUUGAACAGUUGGAAAAGGCACGAGCUCGAUUACAGCAAGUAGAAAAAGAAGCAGAUCAGUUCCGAAUCAAUGGAUAUUCUGAAAUAGAGCGAGAAAAAUUGAAUUUAAUUAAUUCAACUUAUAAGACUUUGGAACAAUUAGAAAAUUACAAAAAUGAAACUAUUCAGUUUGAACAGCAAAGGACAAUUAAUCAAGUUCGACAACGGGUUUUUCAACAAGCCUUACGGAGAGCGUUAGGAAUUCUGAAUAGUUCUUUGAACAGUGAGUUACAUUUACGUACUAUUAGUGCCAAUAUUGGCAUGUUAGGGUCGAUGAAAGAAAUAAUUGAUUAG